GAGAGUGUGCGCUGCUGCGAGAACCCUGAAAGCCUCAACCCCAACUUCCUCUCUGUACCCUGUUUCUCUAUCCUCACUUUCCCCUUUUUUACUGCUCCUCCUCUCUCUCCUCCCUCGCGCACACCCCAAGCUUCUCGUUUUCUCUUCUCCCCAACAAUCGCGAGCCGGAUAGAUAGAUCGGGGCCUAUCUUUGCCUCCGCCCAGACGGCUCGGCGCAAGCUCGCCGCUUUCCUCUCGAUCCUUCGCGCUUUCCCGUAUUGUCCGUCCCUCCUCCGCAUGGGGAUUUCGGAGAUCUUGGGGGCGGUUCGGUCGCUGCCGUGAUGAGAUAGUUCGCCGCAUCACGCGCUGAUGUGAUACUGAACAGUUGUUCCGAUCCAAGGAGCUCCGAUGAUGACCGGCAUGCCGAUCUCCGCGCACCCUGCGGCCGGCGGCGCGGCGGCGGCUGCCGUCGCCGAGAUGGCGAAACACCUCACCGUCGACACGGACGACGCCUUCGCCAGCCUACUGGAGCUUGCCGCGGACGACGACGCGGAGGGGCUGCGCCGUGCGCUGGAGCGCGCGCCGCCGGCUACCGCGGACGAGGCUGGCCUCUGGUACGGCCGCCGGAAGGUCCUGGAGCACCGCACCCCGCUGAUGGUCGCCGCCACCUACGGGAGCCUCGCCGCGCUUCGCCUGCUGCUGUCCCUUCCGUCAGUCGACGUCAACCGACGCUGCGACACCACCGCCCUCCACUGCGCCGCCUCCGGUGGCUCACGGACGGCCGUUGAGACCGUCAAACUGCUGCUCAGUGCUGGGGCAGACGCUGACGCCACGGAUGACUCUGGGCGCCGUCCGGCUGAUGUGAUAUCUGUGCCACCGAAGAUGUUUGACGCCAAGUUCGCCCUCCAAGAUCUUCUUGGAUGCCCGAAGUCUGAGCAUGGCAUGCUCCGGGUGGUGACAAGGUCCACGAACUCGUUCUCAUCGCCCGUGCCAUCCCCUACUGCGGAGGAUGCACGGUCUCCGUCUGCUGCUGUGAUGAUGACGACAAAGUUUGCUGACCUGCCUAGGGUUGUGACAUCGGAGAAGAAGGAAUAUCCAGUGGAUCCAUCCCUUCCAGACAUUAAGAACAGCAUCUAUGCUUCUGAUGAGUUCCGCAUGUACUCGUUCAAGAUCCGCCCAUGCUCGCGGGCAUACUCGCAUGACUGGACUGAGUGCCCCUUUGUCCACCCAGGAGAGAAUGCUCGGCGCCGGGACCCUCGCAAGUACCACUAUAGCUGCGUGCCAUGCCCAGACUUCAGAAAGGGUGUGUGCCGGCGUGGCGACAUGUGUGAGUAUGCUCAUGGAGUGUUUGAGUGCUGGCUCCAUCCAGCACAGUACCGUACCCGCCUUUGCAAGGAUGGCACGAGCUGUAGCCGACGCGUCUGUUUCUUUGCCCACACAACUGAUGAGCUCCGCCCACUGUAUGUCUCCACUGGAUCGGCGGUACCAUCCCCAAGGGCUUCAGCAACAGCUGCAAUGGAGAUGGCUGCAGCAAUGAGCUUGAUGCCUGGUUCCCCAUCAUCAGUUUCAGCGGUAAUGUCCCCGUUUACCUCACCAAUGUCCCCCUCAGGCAAUGGGAUGCCCCCUUCAUUGGGCUGGCAGCAGCCUAAUGUUCCAACAUUACACCUUCCGGGCAGCAGUCUUCAGUCGAGCAGGCUCCGAACCUCUCUUAAUGCAAGGGAUAUGCCUGCUGAUGACUACUCCCUGAUGCAGGAUCUCGAUUCCCAGCUUAUGAAUGAUCUUUGCUAUUCACGUCUCAGUUCCACAGGGAACCACUCUGCUCGGACCAAGUCCCUGAAUCCGUCAAACCUGGAUGAUCUCUUCUCUGCUGAGAUGGUCUCGUCCCCGAGGUAUGGUAAUGCUGAACAGGGUGCUAUGUUUUCACCUUCUCACAAGGCUGCUAUCCUGAAUCAGUUCCAGCAGCAGCAGCAAGCGCUGCUUUCACCAAUCAACACAGGAGUCUUCUCUCCAAAGGCUGUGGACAACCAGCAGUUGCCUUCACACUCAUCUCUGUUGCAUGCAUCACUGGGGAUAUCCUCUCCUGGCCGGAUGUCUCCUCGAUGUGUUGAAUCAGGUUCCCCAAUGAGCUCCCACCUGGCUGCUGCUCUUGUCCAGCGUGAGAAGCAGCAGCAGACAAUGAGGAGUCUCAGUUCUCGUGACCUUGGGCCUAGUGCUGCACGAUCAUCUGCUCUUGUUGGCUCCCCUCUAAGCUCAUCAUGGUCCAAGUGGGGAUCUCCUUCAGGAACACCAGAUUGGGGUGUAAAUGGUGAGGAAUUGGGUAAGCUCCGCCGGUCAUCGUCCUUUGAGCUGAGGUCUGGUGGUGAUGAUCCUGAUCUCUCUUGGGUACAUACACUGGUUAAGGAAUCUCCACCAGAGAAGCAAAUUACUACAGCUGAAUCCAUUAACUCUGUUGGACCCUCCCCACUAAUGCCUCCUGGCAUGAGCAAUGGUGAUGGUUCUGGUCUGCACACACAACUGGAUGGACAUGACCAAGCUGCGGUUAUAGGAGCAUUGCUUGAGCAGAUGCAGCUUGAUCAGCAGAUUGGUAGUCUAGCAACAUAGAUGCACAAUGAGCCUGGAAGGUGUGAGGGUACUAUUCUUAUCUAAUGAACUCGAAGUUUUUUUUCUUCUGUUAAUUGAGAUGUUCGACAAAGAUGGAUAGCUGAAGGCGGUGAUUCACAGAUUGGUUUUCUUUAAUUUUGGAGGUAAAUCAUAUACAUUAUUGAUGUUCCAGUAGGUUAAGGAGUGAAGUUCCUCGGUUGGGGUUGUUCCAAGGCCAACCCUGGUAGAAUUGCACCCCGGCAGCAUCAGUUCAUCAACCAGAAGUUCUCUAUUUUGUUAAUUAACCCUGUUAAAAAGGAAGACUUGUUUGCUGUGUUGGAAUUCUUUCCUUUGUGUAGUGGUGUUUGUUCAUUAUGAUAUUGAUACUUGAUGUACUGAUGGUGCAAGUGGUUACUUGGGAUCCUAUAGUAGUCUAUCAAGUUCAAAGGUAUUUUUUCCCCUUUACCAUUUGUCGUGGAUUAUCUUGUGGCCUUGUUUUGGUUAGAUCUUGAGGCCUGCAUAAUCCUUGGAUAAUAUUUGCAAUAAUGUAAUAUUGUUUUGAACUUGUAUAUUAUUUUGAACUCUCAAAAUAUUAUGCAUCUGAAAUAUCCUCAUUUGUGUU